UAGUACAAAACGCUGUAUACUCGUAACGUUACACAUAUACAGACAGUUCUGUAUACGCCGUUAAGAUAUAAAGCAUUACAAACCCUUAGAAGGAUCCCAGAUAAGGAAAAGGGCAUCUGGCUUGUUUCAGAAAUCCAGUGUCCAGAAUGUAUAUUGAACUGUCACGUUUGAUACCAUGGUCUUGUUGUUAGUCGGAUGGUCGCCAGGCCAACAACUGUGCCCUACGCUUUGUUACGAAACCAAAUAACUACGGUGUUGUUCUACAACAAGAUGUCAUAAAGGUCAACCCAGGUAACGUCCGUUACUUCGUUUCGAACGCUUCAAAACAACAGAAAACAAUUCCUGUUGAAAACAAAUCCUGAGUGAUUUUGAGGCACUAAGUGAAAACUUGCUUUCAGGAAGUCAAGAAACCCUAUCAUUUUUUGAUAAUGAGUGCAGGAGUCGCCGUCGGACAAUUGGGUAAGGAGAAGGAGGAACAACAUCUUCUAACAGGGUUGCAAGUUGAUGUAAUUCCCAGAAACACUAACUCUCAGCAGCCGCCAACAAGACAACAGACGCUACCAUCACUAUGCGAUUACAGUUGGAAACUCAGAACUCCAGUAUCUCUCACUCAAGAGGAGUUAAAGUCUGCGUCUGCGGCCUGGCUCCCCGGCCAGCUAUCAGAGGACGGCAAAGAACUCAACUUCUUGACCGAGAACGACACAAAGUUCAUGUUACGCUGGGCGGAGGGUCUUCUCGCCGAAACAACGGAGUUUCAAAAGUCUGAAUCAGAUCUACUGAAGACAGUUAACAACGGAGAAAUGGGAAAGGCUAAGCAAGGGGUUAAUCAGCAGGGUUGUUUUCCAGUUUAUACACAGGCACAGCGUCAGGAAACCCCCAUCAACAGCCAACACCUAGGCGAUCCUUUUCUGCCACGAAAUACGAACAAAACUCCCAACAAGCGGACGUUCCCGUCGUCGCAAAAGUGCACUCCGUCUCUAGCCUGUGCGACCGCCCGACCGGAUGUACAAUGGUACAAAUGCUGCACGGGGUCGUCUACGGAUGACAUAGUAGCGCAGUACGCGUCUGGUAGAACCGUGAACGUUUUGCAACUGGACGGGGUCUUGUUCACUUUCGACGAUCCACAGGCAGUGCAAGCCCUUUCCACUCAGAAGACAGGCGAUGUAAAUUCCAGCAGGCGUCCCGCUUGCCGACGUCAGCUCUGGCCAGACGAUCAGCAGAACACUACAAGAACCCACGACAUUACAGAGGGGGCACCGUGGUACUUCAACUUUCCUCAGAAAAUUAGAGGCGGUACAUCGAAACGUCCCAUGGACAGCACAACAGAUAGCAGUGAAGCCCCCACUCCUAUGCCGCACGGGGAGCACCAGCAAGCGGCACCCAUGGCACACAUGGCCAAGCGGCGUCAACUCGACAGGAACAACAGAACCUACAAAGGCUCAGGACUACAAGCCUGAACUAGUACACAUCACAGCUUAGCUUACCAUUCACGCCAUAUACUUUUUUACAUUAACAAUAUCAUAUAAUAUAUAAAGUCUAUGAGAAUAACCUGUUGCAAGAUGCAUGGACAUAUCUCGUAGUUUUGUCAUCAUCAUCAUAGUUUUGUAUGGGGAC